CUCGUUAUGCUUGCUACUACUAGUGCUUCCGUGUAUCACACACCGUAUCGCGUCCGUCCGGCCAAAUCCUUCAGUUCACCAUAUCACAUGCUUCUUUGAUUUCUCCUUCAGGGGCUCGGGUGUAAGGUAAACUGUAAUCAUGCCGGACGUGCAAGCUCUCGUCAACGAUUUCUCGAACAAGCUUAGGAAGCGUAAGAUUGAGGGCUCGCAGGCUACGGCUAAGCAGGCGGCGGAAGUGUUAAGGUCGGUGAUAUCGCAGCAGAGAGUGCCUUAUACUAAUCAGGCUGGAGCUUUGGUUGAUGCUAUUAAGGCUGUUGGAGAGCAGUUGAUUGCUGCUAAUCCUAUUGAGCUGGCUGUGGGUAAUAUAGUGAGGCGUGUUCUACACAUAAUUCGGGAGGAGGAUCUGUCUCUAGCAACAGCUGCUGUUGCGGGAUUAAACUUAUCAGCUGUAAGUGAUGAUGAGGAUGAUGGUGACCGAGAUGAUUACCCUGUUCUCUCAGCUGCUGCCGUUGCUGCAGCUGCAAGAAGCACUCUGCGCCCACCUUCGUUGCAGACCUUGUUGGAGGAUAUGCCUGACUCAGCAGCAGUUCCUCGUACUUCUUCUUCGGGAGGUGACUCUGAAGGAAAAAGCAAAUCUGCUGAUAAAAGUUCUAGAUCUCGGAAGCUGAAACAUGAUGUCAUUGAAGCAGUCAAUGAGCUUAUUCAAGAUAUAUCCAUUUGCCAUGAACAAAUUGCGGAGCAGGCAGUGGAACAUAUCCAUCAAAAUGAGGUAAUAUUAACUUUAGGCAGUUCAAGAACAGUAUUGGAGUUUCUUUGUGCCGCAAAGGAGAAAAAGAGGUCCUUCAAAGUAUUUGUUGCCGAGGGUGCUCCAAGGUAUCAAGGGCACCUUCUUGUCAAGGACUUGGUUGCAAGAGGUCUACAGACCACUUUAAUUACUGACUCUGCAGUUUUUGCCAUGAUUUCUCGAGUAAACAUGGUUAUUGUCGGAGCUCAUGCUGUAAUGGCCAAUGGUGGUGUCAUAGCACCUGUAGGGUUGAAUAUGGUUGCAUUGGCAGCUCAAAAACAUGCAGUCCCAUUCGUUGUGCUUGCUGGAAGUCACAAGUUGUGCCCCUUGUAUCCACACAAUCCUGAGGUAUUACUGAAUGAGUUGAGAUCCCCAUCUGAGCUGCUGGAUUUUGGCGAAUUCUCAGAUUGCUUGGAUUUUGGGAGUGGCAGUGGGUCUCCUCUUCUUCAUGUUGUAAACCCAACAUUUGACUAUGUUCCUCCGAAGCUUGUCAGUCUCUUUAUUACCGACACUGGAGGGCAUAAUCCAUCAUACAUGUAUCGCCUUAUUGCUGAUUAUUACUCUGCGGAUGAUUUGGUGGUGCAACGAAGACCUGCUUCAAGGAAUUGAUUCCCACUGGUUUACUAAAAGAAUCUAGUAAGUAGAAGUUUAGGAAUGAUGUCGUAAAGACGAGGAAGGAAUGAUUGAAGAUUAUAGCUCACUUUGAGAUAUCAUGUUAAUUUCCAUUAAUCAGUAUGAGAAAGCAGAAGUAUUAGAUAAUAGUGAGGUGGAAAAUACUUGCCGACGGCCUGGGAACUUAUUUUUGUGGUUGUGACAGAGGACCACCGAUUGAGAGUGAUGUAGUUGUGAAUUUUGUACGUUAUUACAGAUAUGCACAGAGACGAAUCAACCAUUUGUUGUAUGCAAUUUCUACUCAGAUUCGAGAGUAGUACCUUGUACGGUGGAGACUGUAUAGUUUGAGUGUGUUCUUUUACUACCAUAGAUAAAAGUAAACAAUUUUUGUUAGCAUAAUAUUAUAAUGUUUAACAUGACGGGGAAUACCUGCUAUUUUUUGUUGUA